GGCGUGCUUCACAACGUCUGCAGUCCCAAGACAGCUACACCAGUGAAAACAACAGUAAUAAUAAUGAUGAAGCACAUUAUAUUACAACCCAUGAAAUCCAGCUUAGCGAAGUGGACCAUGACAUGGACUUUGACUACGGAUUAGCCUCUCGGUGGGACUUUGAGGACAACAACGUGAUCUAUUCCUUUGUGGAUUACGCUUCCUUUGGGAGUGAAGAGACUCUUGCAGACACACAAACAGAAGAGGACAAUAGCUGUUAUCUCAGCACAACCACCAGUGAUCCCAAUAAUCAGACAGACAGUAUCGAUAAUACCAGCAGUACAGAGAUAGUCAGCAUUAAUUCUGAAAAUGAUACCCCUAGCACAGACAAAUGCGCCAGCUCGGAAGAAAGUCAGUCCAAGAACCUCAGCAACAUGAGUGAGAAUUCUGCAGGCCAGAUACUCCUAUCAAUCAAACCAACUUCCAGGGCUAUAAAUGAGCCUAGCAACCAGCACGAAAAGCAAAACAUUAUUUAUGCUGCCAAGCAUGAAGGCGACAUGAGCCUCUGUGUCUCCACAGCUCAUGAACGAAAUUCAAGUUUAAAACAAGAUGUGUUUCAUGACUAUGCAAAAAAAUUCAUUGCAGUUCCUGCACGUUUGCAAACAAAGUGUGGAGCCAUAAGAGCAAGGGAACUGGGAGGAUAUUCAAGUGGUGCCUCCAGCGUGGUCAGUGAGUUGGAUGAUGCAGAUAAAGAAGUAAGGAGCCUGACGGCAAGAGCAUUCCGGAGCUUAGCUUAUCCCUACUUUGAUACCCUGAACUUGAGCUCCAGUGAAUCCUCCACAUCUCUUUCGGAUCACACCCUAGGAAUCAACCGGUGGUCAACUUACUUGGAUUUAAAGUGUGGCAGCCUUGGGCAGAAAGCAGAGCAAAAUAUUUUCAAAAGCAACUCCACAUCUGCUGGAUGGAACAGAAGCACUGGGACAAAGACAUCCAGUGACCAGUUCUACGUUCACUCCAACAAGUCACAAACUAAAGCAUUAGAGUUUGUUGUCAGCAAGCUUGAUGGAGAAAUAACACACGUUGAAACACCACCUUGCUUUGAAAAACGGAUCCAGUCAGGCUCCCGGGUCGUUACUUUAUUGGAGACUUUGAAUUUCAGCAGCAAUAUUAAUGCGGGUGUCCCCAGACCUGCUAAACCUUCUGAAAAUGCUGCUGCUAGAUCAGGUUGCACAGAUGAGAUUACAGAAACACUGCCAAAGGAGCUGGGCAAUGAAGCUUGCAAACAAACUGGGCUGCCUGCAGAAAGCAUGGAAGGCACACAGAAGAAAUCAAAAUUUGCAUCCAGUCUCCUCAAAAAUGUUAUAUCUAAGAAAAUGCAACUGGAGCAUGAGUUCAAAAUGGAAAGGGGAGAGAUUACAGACACCUCAUACUCCGGUAUGUCCAAUUCCUUAUCUUCUAAAAAGAUAGAAGGCACCUCCAAAGAGAAGUUAAGGGAUGGGGGUUUGCAGAGACAGAAUUCUAGGUAUUCAGAAGCCAGCUCUGACUACACUAUUGUAACAGCUGAUGAUCUGGGCGAGUUUUUUGAUAGCAAGUCACCUACUUCCAAGCCAUCUACUCCCAGGGAGGGAAACAUUAGCUUGGAUCAAUCACUUUCUGAAACAUUCUUAGAAGAGGCAUGUAAAAUAAAAGAGAGCGCUUCAGAAACUCUCAAGGCAACUUUUCUCCGUAGUCAGAACAGUGCAUUUAGAUCAUGGAAAGAAAAAAAGGCAGAGAAAAAAGAUGAAAAGACUCCUGUGGAAAACCUGAAAACUUCAUCCAAAAGUGACUGGAAAGCUGAUUUGGGAGAAAUCUCAGCCUGCAAAUCAACUAAGAUGUCACGUCUCUUUCUCCCAAAUAUUCAACAAACAACCAAAGAAAAUCAAUGCAGCAAGCAGGUGACAAAAUAUUCGACAGCAACCAAUGCAGUAGCACAAACUGCCAUUGCCACUACGAUGAUAAAGCCUAAACCACCUGAGAUCAAGAUCAGCUUGGGCAGUGUGCAACAGAACAAAGACCACCCAUUCAAUAUUGCUAAGCUCCUCACACCAAAGAUAGCUGGAAAUGUCCCAAAUUUUUUCAAGGCAGCUGAAGACAUUAGAUGCCAGCAGCAAAAACAAUUUAAAGGGGAGGGUAUGGAUAAAGUGCCCCAGUUUCUGGUACGUGACGUAAGAGAAAGCAAGCCUAAGGUCCAAGGGCCUAUCCAUCAGGUGAGAGAUGUCAGGAAACUAAUCAAGAGUAACUAUGGCCAUGAGUCAGGGGAUAACAGCAGUGACAGAGGCAGUGUGAACUCUGAUCAGGGAACCUCGGAACAGAAACCCAAGCAGCUGAUGACAGCAGGCAUGCUCAGGCCUCUGUCUCCCAUGGUGAUAACGUGUCAGGCUGUAAGCAACAGCAAGGAGGACAAAAAAGCCAGCAAAACUUCAGAAAUGGGGGGCAAAGCAAGCAGCAGAGGCAAAGUGUUGCCUUCCAACCAAGAGGGGACAAUCCUAGUGCACAGAACCUCAGGGCGGUUACCUGUGGCCACCAUUGCUCCUAACAAAAGUGACCCGCACCAGCCCGCUGUGCUGAAGAUCGUCUCCAAAACAUCGGUGCCCUGGAGGCAGCAGCCACAGCCACCACUGCAGCCACCACCGAUGCCAGUGGAGAAGAGCAGCAAGGUAGGGCCACUGGUGGUGGCUGCUGCAGAAGAGGAGCUUGCCCGGGAGGAGGUGGCUAAAGCACCCGUCACCAUGAACCACCACCAGGCCCUGCAGAAGCUCACAGCGGCAGUCCGCAGUAUGGAGGAGCUCUACAGCUUCAGCAAGAACGAGUGGAAGCGCAAGAGCGACCCGCUGCCCAUCACCGGCAGCCAUGUCCUCUCCCUCAUCGCCAGCGAGGAACGGGCCUUGGGGGCCAGUGCCAGGGAAGAGUUGGUGGCCGGGGCCCGGGCAGAGAGCCAGGAGGCAAGUGACGGGCACAGUCUGGGGUUAACACCCGCUAGUAGCAUCGCCCCCAGCCGGGCUGCCCCAGAACGCCAGCCCCGCAGCAGGACGGCCAACCCCACCAAGAACACCGAGAAAGUCUCCGCCAAGACCGCGGCCUUCGAGAGCCUGGCGCUGGCUCGAGAGCGGCCACGCGGGCCCGGCUUCCGUGGGGAGAUGGUGGCGGCCGCCUCAGGGGCGGCGGAGCGGGGCAGAGCCCCUGGGGUGCCCCGCAGCAGCACCUUCACCUUCAGUGCCCAGAAAGCCAAGCAGCCCGAAGAGCCUUCGCCGCCGCCACGAGGCCUCAAAGGCCAGGCUGCUGCGCCUGCGCCCCGCUCCAUCAAACUCUUUGGGGACAGGCAGGGCCUUGCCGAGCCUGACAAGGGACCCAAGGCGGCGGCGGCGGCGGCGGCGGCGGCUCCCGACUGCGGGAACUACUUGGCCAUCCCUCUCAAGGCCUCGUCUGCAGAGCCACCGGCAGCAGCCUCCGGGGCAGCAGGAGGAGAAGGAGGUGGUGGCGGCCGCUCGGGCCUAGUUUCUGCAGCAGCGGCUGCAGCCGCCCUGUGCGGCCAGCAGCCCUACAGCUCGGGCAGGAACCAGGCAGGCUCCAUUCCGGCGGCCAAGGCGCAGCAGCAGCAGCAGCAGCAGGCGGGCAGGGAGGAGAGCAGUGCUGCUGCCCCUCCGCCGCCUCCUGCCCCUCAGCAGCCUCCGGUGGCGGCGGCGGCGGCAGCUGCGGCUACGCCUCAGUUUGAGGUUUCUCCCGCGCAGAUCUUCCCGCAGGCGUUGUCCCUGGCCGCGGCCGCCGCCGCCUUGACGGGCGCCCAAGCCGCGCCGCUGCUCUGCUUCUCACCCCCGAUGCCCGCCCCGGCCGCCGCCGCCGAGCCCGCCACUUUCCCGCCGCCUCAGACGCAGCGCAAGGUGCUGCUGGACCUGAGCACGGGCCAGUGCUACGUGGUGGACACGCCCGUGCAGCCGCCGCCGCAGAAGCGGCGCCUUUUCGACCCGGAGACCGGGCAGUACGUGGAGGUGCCGCUGCCUGCGCAGCCGCCUCUGCAGCCGCCUCCUCCGGCCAUGGCCCCAAUGACUCUUCCCAUGUCCCCGCUGGCGCUGGGCACGGCGACGGGAACGUACGGCGCCCCAGCCUACAUGUUCUACCCGGGCUUCCUGCCAGCCGUCUUGCCCGCCAGCGCCCUGCAAGGCCAGCUCGCCCAGCAGCAGCCCGCCAGUGGCAACAGCGAGCUCAGCGCCGCCUCCACAGGGGCCUCCAGCCCCGGGGCCGAGAGCCCUUACUACAUGCCCACCGGCAACGGCACGCAGGUUCCGCAGCAACAGGCGGCGGCCGGCAAGGCGAAAGCACCGCUCAUCAGCAUCACUUCGCAGCCCCUGGGCCCCAGGAUCAUCGCGCCGCCCUCCUUCGACGGCACCACCAUGCGCUUCGUGGUAGAGCAUCGGUGAUGGAGAGCCCGCCGAGGGAUGCCACUGAUGCUGCUGCGACGGGCACAAAGAACAAGACUUUCUCUCCCUUAAUCUGAAAAUGACUUGAUGACAUUAUAGCAAGUUCUUGGCUGAAGUCUGAAGUGAUCCUGUUACAGAAUGCUGUAAGUUUGGAAUUAAAGGACAGCAAACCCCAGCAAAGGAGCUCUGGGAAUUGCACUACCGUGUGUUGCACAUAACAAAGUUUUAAUUGUACGAGGAUCACAAGAAUAUAAUAAGCUGUUUAAAGCCUUUAAGCACCAACAUUUGUAAGCAAAAGAGCAAGCAUUUGUAUAUUUUUUGAAUGUUAUGACAAAUAAAAUGUAUUUUUCAGUAAACUCUAAUAUAAACAAUCCCCUCAGUA